UUAGAAAAGGGGGCGGGAAAAAAGAGAGGGUGAACAUAAUCAGCCAUGUUCUGAAAGCCAUAUAUAACUGGAACAGUUCAGGCAUUGAGGAUUUAAGUCUAAGGGACCGGCCUCAUCUUCUCCCGAUCCCUUCCCUCGUGUUCGCCAAGGAGAGAAAAGGAUUAUUGGCCUCAGAAUUCUCAGAGUCAAGGAUUUCUUUUUCCUAACUGCCUUCACCAGCGAGCACAAAGCCACAUUUCAAAGGAGACUGACAAAUUAUCCCCAGCUGCCAGAAGGAGAAAUCUUCACUAGACGCCUUCCUAUUUCUUUGAGUUGUUACCCGACCGGCUACAAGGAUGAAAAUGUUCAAGUUGCUAGGAGGGUUGCUGUUCCUCACCUGUAUGUUUUCUGUCUACCCUGGACAGAAUCAAGUGUCUGUGCUAUGCUCCACUGAUUGGUUCAUGGUCACCGUCCACCCCUUCUUGCUGAAUAAUGAUGUCUACGUACACUUUUACGAGGUGCACUUGGGCCUGGGUUGUCCCGCCAACCACAUUCAUCCACACUUCUACCAGUUUACCUACCGUGUUACAGAAUGUGGCAUCAGAGCCAAGGCCAUCUCUCAAGACAUAGUUAUCUACAGCUCUGAGAUCCACUAUGCUUCCAAGGGUUCAUCAUCUAGAUAUGUGAUCCCCGUGUCAUGCGCUGCCCAUCAACGCUCCCCCUGGCUCACUAAGCCCUAUUCUGUGAGAGCAGCUAACAAUAACAUGGCCGUGACCCAGAAAGAUGAGUCGUGCUACCAGGUAUUCAGCUUGCCACAGUCCAACCAAAGAUCGAACUGCAGCUGUCCACCUUGUGUCUUCAAGCAAGAACGCAUCUAGACCCCAUACCACAAGGCAGAGUCUUGGGAGGCCCAUUUUGAAUACCCACCUUGCUUCACUGAUUUUUAUGAGAACUGGUGUGUUCACUCAGAUGGCCUGAAGAAACCCAUGUAAUGUUCAGAUUUGGGGGCUUCUGAAAAUUCCCUUUCUAAAAUUAGUAUGUAGCAUUUUCUGCCAUCAGUCAAAUAAGUGUUAUUAUGGCUCUCUUAAGAGCACUUUUGUGAAAGAUCAAUUCAUAUUUA